AUGUAUGUCCCUGGGUUUGGAGAAGCAUCACCAGAGAAAAAGGCAGCAAAAAACCUGCAUGAUUUCUUCACUUACAUUGCUGUUAGAAUCGUCGCUGCACAGCUUCAGAGCUAUAACCCUGAGGCCUAUCAAGAGCUGAUGGAAUUUUUGGAUAGGCAUUCCUUGAACGAUGGAGACAAAUUUUGUUCUGAAUUGAUGAGGGAAUCUUCUAGGCACAAGGGUUUGGCUUUGCGAAUCAUAGAGGUUCGAUCUGCAUACUGUAAGGAUGAUUUUGAAUGGGACAACUUGAAGAGAUUAGCAGUCAAGAUGGUAGAUGAAUCAAACACAAGGCUCAUGAGAGAUUAUGUUGUAGAAACAAGCCAUAAUGUAGAAAGUGAGAAGUGA